ACCGCUAGAUAGAGAUUUGGUGUUUGUAAAGAACGCGCGCGAAAUUUCAAUUAGUUAUGCGAACACUAAGAGUAAUUUCUUUCUCCAUUUGCCAAAUAUUUAUUAAGUAACUAUGGACACGAUCAAUCGUAUAGUAAUUUUAUUUGCGUAUAUUUCAGAGCCUUUAGUAUUGAUUGGAACGAGGUAAAUAUUUGCAAGUAACAAUUCGGUAAGGCCAAUUCAGAAGUUGAUGUUAAAAGACGUGGAAGUAUGUAAAUUGAAUGAAAAUUGUUAAUAAAUAAACAAUUGCAGGAAAAGAACGUAAAAGAACAUCUUCAAAUAAUAUAUAAAAAAAAGUGAUACUUUGAUCUUGGAUAAGUUGUGCUCUACCGAGAGGUUCCGUAGGAAUGCCAAGUUUGAGAAACACUGCACUCCAUUAACAUGUGACUGCUUCUCCCCACUACCACUUAAGGUGGAAUGGUUAACUCUCUCCAAUACUCGGCUUCAAUCUGACAUCGGUGAUGAAGACGAGUAGCUUAAGACAGUUAAACAUCGGCCACAGGCUCGAGUGCUCGUUGCUCGCGACUCGAACUUGUCCCAACGAAAAGAAAGGAAACUCUUCGUUUUAUUGUUUGCGUUUGCCCGGUUUGUUUUCGCGACGCUUCGAAGAACAUAAGAAAAGCUCGAGUAUCGAGGGUUCAUCGAACCGUGUUCGAAUACAUGUCGAUCAUUGGAAGUUGAGUAAGGAAGGGAAGGUCGAGGAAAUAGCGAUAUCUCCAAGAAACCGGUUUACAGCUCAUCGAAGGAGUCUCUUCGUGUGAGAAAACGUCCAAGAGAAUGACCAAUACAAUUCAGUGGUUUACACCGAUAGUUCUUUUGGUGAAUCGUAUCGUUGCAGCUACGCAACCCCAUAUCGUGUUCAUUUUGGCCGACGAUUUAGGAUGGAACGACGUUGGAUUUCACGGUUCCGGGCAGAUACCGACGCCCAAUAUCGAUGCCCUGGCUUAUUCUGGACUUGUUCUCGACCGAUAUUACGUAUCUCCGAUCUGCACGCCAUCCAGGAGUGCCUUGAUGACCGGCAAACAUCCCAUUCACACCGGAAUGCAACACGGGGUUCUGAAAUGCGCCGAACCCCGAGGACUUCCUCUUCGAGAGAAACUUCUGCCAGAGUAUCUGCGAAAUCUCGGCUACAGCACUCACAUCGUCGGCAAAUGGCACCUGGGAUUCUACACGAAAGAGUAUACGCCGACUUACAGGGGUUUCGAUUCCCAUCUCGGUUUCUGGAGCGGCCGUCAAGACUACUUCGAUCAUAGCGCUGUCGAGGAGCCUUACUGGGGUUUGGACAUGAGGCGCGACCUCGAGCCAGCUUGGGACCUACACGGCCAAUACACCACCGACGUUAUUACGAAAGAAGCUGUGAAAUUGAUCGAGAACCACGACAUCAGUCGGCCAAUGUUUCUUUACGUCGCUCACGCGGCCGUACACUCGGGGAAUCCCUACUAUCCUCUUCCGGCUCCGGAUGUUAACGUUGCCAAGUUCAACGACAUCGUCGAUUACGGUCGGAGACGCUUCGCUGCCAUGUUGGACAAGCUGGACGAGUCGGUUGGCCGUGUGGUCGACGCGUUACGCGCCAAGGGGAUGUUGAAGAAUAGCGUAAUAGUGUUUUCCACAGACAACGGUGGACCGCCGGAAGGUUUCAAUUUGAACGCCGCGUCUAACUGGCCGCUAAGGGGUACAAAAAAUACCCUUUGGGAAGGUGGCGUUAGGGGAACGGGAUUGAUAUGGUCAGCCGCGCUGAUGCAGCCUGGAAGAAUUAGCAGACAACUCUUUCACAUAACCGAUUGGCUACCGACGCUGCUCACGGUUGCUGGGGGCAAUUCGUCCAAUUUAAACAUCGAUGGCAUGGAUUUAUGGAAUGCUUUAAAUCGAGACAGUGAUUCUCCGCGGACGACCGUCCUUCACAACAUCGACGACAUUUUCGGCGUGUCUGGAAUUACGAUCGAUGACUGGAAACUCAUUCAGGGGAGUACUUAUAACGGCCAAUGGGACGGCUGGUACGGUCCAUCUGGAAGAGAGUUAGUCUACGACGUGGGAGGUGUGAUAGGUAGCGCGAGUGGCCGAGCAGUGGUUAGCGUCGGUCUACCUUUGUCCGCUGAAUCUAUUCGAACUGUUCGAGCGGGUGUAACGAUCAACUGUCCACCGAAAAACGUCACUCUACCACUCUGCAGGCCUCUCGAAGCGCCUUGUCUCUUCAACGUCCAUCGGGACCCCUGCGAAUUUAACAAUCUUAUCGACGAGUUUCCCGUCGUCGCCAAUUCUCUGCAAACAGAGUUAAAAAAAUUGAACGCCACCGCGAUACCCCCUGGAAACAAGCCUUGGGACGUCAGGGCGAAUCCAGAGAAUUGGGAUCACACCUGGACCAAUUUCGGAGAUUAUCCGAACGAGAUGACGUAAGCUGUGCAAGGAAGAUUGAACGAACGGGGAAAGAACGAAAAGGAAAGAUAAACGUUUGUCAACGAUAAACGAGCGUUCUUAGAAAAGACGAUCCAUACAAGGAGACUUUAGACUCACCUACUAAUAGAAGGAACACUCUUCUUCCGACGAACAAACAUUCUACCAACGUAUUACAAUUUCUAGCAAACCGACUCUCGCGAAAGUGUAAAUAGUAUCUCGUUUAUUUCUUAGUCUAUACAUAUCUUCGAUUUCGUUGGACCACAGUUUUCUGUCCAAAUAAGUAGAAAGUGGAAAAUUAAAUGAGAAACGGUGAACACUU